AUGCUUAAGGUGUCGCCUUGGAAGGGCGUAGUCAGAUUCAUCAAGAAAGGGAAAUUAGCUCCUAGAUUUAUUGGACCGUUCGAGAUUACUGAGAGAAUUGGUGUUGUUGCUUACCGUUUAAGACUUCCCCAAGAGCUUAGUACUGUAUACGAUGUAUUUCACGUGUCAAACCUUAAGAAGUGUUUAGCUGAUGAGAUGACAUACGUUCCUUUGAACGAAAUAGGAGUAGACGACAACCUAAGUUUCAAAGAAGAACCCAUUGAAAUCAUGGAGCGAGAGGUCAAAAAGCUCAAGAGACAUAAGUAUACUAUUGUAAAAGUUUGA